GGGAAGAGGAGCAAGUUGCUUAAAGAGAAUAGAGAAGAGAUUGUAAGAGAAUAAAAGGAGAGCUUCUCUUGGGAGCAGCAAAUUUCCAGUCUUUACCCACUCGUGCAUCAGAGCAAGUUACUGUGAAAUAUGUUCAGCUGGAUGGGCAAAAACGAGAAAACCAAAAAGACCCCCGAGGUCAUCCACACAGUGACCGAAGGCCUGAAGGACCUGUACAAGAAGAAGCUGAAGCCAGUAGAGGACUUUUACAGGUUCCAUGACUUCCACUCCCCAGCGCUGGAGGAUGCUGAUUUUGACAAUAAGCCCAUGGUGCUGGUGGUGGGACAAUACUCCACCGGGAAGACCACCUUCAUCAAGUAUCUGCUGGAGCAGGACAUCCCUGGUAGUCGAAUUGGACCAGAGCCUACCACCGACUCCUUCAUAGCUGUCAUGCAUGGAGAGACAGAAGGAGUGAUACCUGGUAAUGCCCUCAUGGUGGAUCCCAAGAAACCUUUCCGCAAACUCGAUCCCUUCGGAAACACAUUUCUGAACAGGUUUAUGUGUGCCCAUUUGCCUAAUAAGGUUUUGGAAAGCAUUAGUCUUAUAGACACUCCAGGUAUCCUAUCUGGUGCCAAGCAGCGGGUGAGCAGAGGUUAUGACUUUGCUGCAGUCCUUCAGUGGUUUGCUGAAAGGGUGGAUCGUAUCAUCCUUCUCUUUGAUGCCCACAAACUGGAGAUCUCUGAUGAGUUCUCUGAAGCCAUUCGAGCCCUAAAGGGCAACGAGGACAAGAUUCGUGUGGUCCUGAACAAAGCUGACAUGGUGGACACUCAACAGCUCAUGCGUGUCUAUGGUGCCCUGAUGUGGUCUUUGGGCAAAGUUUUUAAUACUCCUGAAGUUCUAAGAGUUUUUAUUGGUUCGUUCUGGUCAGAGCCCCUAAUGAUCUCUGACAACAGGGGAUUAUUUGAACUAGAAGAACAGGACCUUUUCCAGGACAUACAGAAUCUACCCAGGAACUCUGCUUUGCGUAAACUUAAUGACUUGGUUAAAAGAGCUCGACUUGUAAGGGUCCACGCUCACAUCAUAAGUUACUUGAAGAAGGAGAUGCCAUCAGUCUUUGGCAAAGAUAACAAAAAGAAGCAGCUUAUUAACAAGCUCCCUGUUAUUUUUGCCAAGAUACAGCUGGAGCACCACAUUUCACCUGGAGAUUUCCCAGACUGUGCCAAAAUGCAGGAGCAACUGGCAAUUCAUGACUUCAAGAAAUUUCAUGCCUUAAAGCCUCAUAUAAUUGAUGCUUUGGAUGAGAUGUUGACAGUUGACAUUGCAAAACUAAUGCCACUGCUUCGUCAGGAAGACCUGGAAACCUGUGAUAAUGUGGUGCAAGGAGGGGCUUUUGAUGGUACCCAUAAUGGUCCUUUCAUAGAGGGUUCCACUGAUGAGAUCUUUGAUGGUCUAGAUGAUGAAGAUUGGAUGGUUACCAAGGAUAAACCUAAAUAUGAUGAGAUAUUCUUUAAUUUAGCCCCAACUGAUGGAAAACUCACUGGCACCAAGGCCAAAAACUGGAUGGUAACUACUAAGCUGCCCAAUUCCGUGCUGGGCAAGAUCUGGAAACUCUCUGAUGUUGAUCGUGAUGGCAUGCUGGAUGAUGAAGAGUUUGCCCUUGCAAGUCAUUUGAUUGAAGUUAAAUUGGAAGGUCAUGGGCUACCACCCGAGCUGCCAAGACACCUGAUCCCACCCUCAAAAAGAAGACAGAAAGGUUCUGCUGAAUAAAUUCAUCGAAUUAUACUGCAAGAUGUGAACAUCGGAUUCUUACGCCCUGGCCAUCCUUACAUGUCAUGUGAACAGGGACGUUUGCUCUAUAAAUUACUAACAAAAUCAACAUAGCUUCACCUGUAUUACUGCUUAAAUAUUAUAAAACACUUUGGUCCAGCUUAAAUUUAUAAACUUAUCAUUCCACUGGAAAAAUCACUGAGGCUACCUACCAAUUUCAACACCAGCUGAGAUAAAGACAUUGGCUUCCAAAGUUCAUGUAUAGCUAAGGCUAUCAACUAACCUUAUUGAAAAAGAACAAACCUGCUUCCUUUGCAUGCCUCUUAAAAAACACAAUGUCUGUAAGGUUGGGCAACUCUUUGCUGUUUUUGAUUUCUUUGUUUGCUGAUUUUAUGUCAUAUUAUUCAUAAUACAUUUUUCAGAGUUUGCUGUUGACACUCUAUCUAGUUUCAAUCAUUUCUGCAGGAUUUCCAACAGUCCAUUUUGCUUAUUGUUUUAUCUUUCUGUAUUUUGUAUACAUCAAACAUAUACUAUAUAAGGAAAUUCGGUCACUGGCCAUAUUUUGUCAGAAUUCCCACCAAAACUUAAAUUUCUUGGGAAGGGUCAUGUCUGUUCUGUUUUGAAGGUUCAAAUCUGUCUCAGAAGAAAUCUAUCCCAAUGAAAGCAAAUAUAAUUUGGUGUCCUCAAACAAGCCACGUGGUGGUGUGUGUGUUUGUGUGUGUAGUUGUGUUUAAAUAUCCAUGCGAGUUGACUUGUAGUUUUUUUGAAGGUCCUUCACCCAAGCCAUAGCUUUAUAAAACCAAAUAACUGAGUGGUUGGUAAGUAUGUGAACCUAUAUAGACAUAUAAUAUAAAUUUUUUUGCAGUGGAGUCUUGUCUGAGCAAGAGCCUUAUCUGCAGGUUAAUAUGUGACUACUAUAUACAACUGGUGCUUCAAAUGUUGCUUGUGAUGUUUAUAUACAAAAAAUACUCAAUUUAAAUAAUAUCAAUAAAGUAUCUUCUGCUGGGGCCAGAGCUUACAAUCUA